CAGAGAGUGGGCAGGGUGUCAAGGACACCCCGGCCCGCGUUUUCGAAGCGCCUGCCGCGCGAGACCCUGGGUUGCGCUCGCGAUGACCGUCCUAGUCGAUCCCUCUGUCGAGUGGCUUCUAGGCGUUGUGAUAUUCACGAAGAUGACGACGAUCUUGGUGAACGAAUCGCGCGUUUCGCGCUCCGUCGGCGCGCGCGGCAUGGUCCAACGCCCGCUUGUGGCGGCGAUCGCGUCGAUGCACUCCCUCGUCGGAGGCGCACAACCGCCUUCGUGUUCGUUCCUUCGAACGUCCUGGUUUUCCGUCGCGUCGAGCGAGAAGGAAGGGUUCUUCGUCGCCGCAAUAGCGACUCGUAGCGCGGACGAAGCGAGCGCGAAGGCGCUCUCGAGGCACGUCGCGCGCUCGUUCGCUCGCGCUGGCGGCUCCGCGCUGCGCGCGCUCGUCGAGCGCGACGUCGACGCCGUCGAGGCGAAGAUGGAGGCUUACACGGUCCAGGACGAGAUCGACGCGUUAGAGCUCGACGUGGCGGAAGAGAAGCGAGAACGCUCUUGGAGAGAAGGGCGCGUCAGCGUCUCGAGGGAGACGGAGACGAUGGAAGUGUUCACGUCGUUCGCGGAGCAGCACCUGCGACCGAUGCUCGCGAAGUAGCGGCCGGUGAAGUGUUGAUGGUCCGUGCGCGCGCUUGGAUGGCGUGCUUCGAGUUUAUUUCCUGACCACUCGUGGAAACGAUUCGACUUGACAACUAACUAGACGGUAAAAGCACCCAAGGUCGAGCGCGGUGAAAGCGACGCCGUCGAGAGUCGGGCUUCUCUUCACUCCGAGCGCGCGGACGACGCCAGCGGCAUCGUGAGCGGCAAUAUAGAACGCGAUUCCCCCCAGACGCACGCUUGCCGGGAAGAUUCGUGAGACGCGCGCCAUGCAUUUCCCUUGCGGACGGCCCAGUGGAGCGCCUCACGAGCGCGUGUGGAGACGAGCUCAAGGAGCUGUGCAAGCGGUUUGUCAAGUAGCACGGGUUCAAGGACGCGACGCGACGACGGAGGGUUUAGCCAGAAAUAAUAAUAUAGUGAUAUAGGAAUACGCAUCCCCC